CAUAAAUUAAAGGGUUCAUGAGUUUUUGUCCGUAAGGAAUUGCCGUCGGUAGACAGCGUAAAAAGACGGGAAGCCGAAAAUGAACUACAACCUAGGUUAGACGCUGGCGAAAAGAACAUAAAAAUUGUAAACUUUUGGAUUGUGAGGCCUCAACAGAGAAUGAUAAGGAAGCCACUCUGAGUGUAGCACGAAACCAUUUAAAUAGGUUUCGGAUCUGUUACACUAAUGCCCGAAGCUUACUCAAUAUGCGAUCGGAACUAGGUGUACAGAUUGACUCUACCAAGCCAGAUAUCGCAGUCACAGAAACUUGGCUGACGCAGCCUACAGAUAGUAUGGGACUUGAUUUUGAGGGCUUUAGGUUGGUAAGAGCCGAUAGAAUCCAGAAGCGUAAAGGGGGGGAGCAGCUCUAUUCAUUAGGAAUGCUAUCCCAUUUGCCAUUAUCGACAGUGUAUAGCAUGAGAGUGGGACGUGUGAAUUAGUUAUUUGCCGCUUGAAAUGCAAGGGAUAAGAGCUGCUGAUUGGCUUGGUCUAUCGCAGUCCAGGCCGUGAGGUAAAUGAGGUCUUGCUAAGCAGUCUCAAUACUUGGUCAUGAAGUGGUCGAUGUCUAGUUCUAGGGGACUUUAAUACACCUAUGGUAGACUGUGAAAAUCUGCUAACUGAAUCGUCAGAAAAUUCCUUCGAGCAGGAACUAGUUGAUGCGGUUAUCACAUGUGACCUGGUGCAACAUGUGAAAGAAGCGACUAGGUACAACCCGGACGCUGAAUCAUACUUACUAGAUCUUAUACUGACUCACUAUGAGGAUGACGUUGCGAACCUCCAUUAUAUGCCACCCCUAGGUAAAAGUGAUCACGCAGUUUUAACUUUCGACUUCCAUAUAACUGUCAAACACGUCAAACACGCGUUAACUCAAUCCAGACCUAACGUCUGGAAAGCAAACAUACCAGAUAUCAUGCACUCAGCAUCGUUAGUAGAUUGGACAAUAGACCCAGAGUCCUCAAUUGAAACGGCUUGGGACGCGUUUCGAAAUUUAUACUUAAAAGUUACCGCACCCCACAUCCCUUGGACCAUACCAAGGGGGCCGACAAACUCUCCACCAUGGUUCAGUAAGGAGGCUCGCGACCUCUGUAAGAGGAGAAAAAUGUGGGAUAGAUUCAGGUUACUGGGGUCUGAGACAAAAUCUCAGUAUCGAAAAGCUUAGAAUGCCUGUGCCUCCACCCUCUGUAAAUCUAGAAAGUUGUACGAAGAAAAAUCGCCAAGGAAUAUCCUAAUCAAAGGACAAAAAGAAGAGGACAUAUUCCAGCACUAUGGAGAGACAGUACUGCCGCAUCAUUAGUGGAGGACGACUUUGGUAAGGCUCAAGUGUUCUCGAACUACUUUAGCAAUGUAUAUACCGUAGAAAAGCCCUUCCCGUGAGUCCAUACAAACCCACACACACACACACACACACUGGACAGCGUGACCAUUAAAGAUCUGGAUGUGUUUGGUCUGCUGAAUAGGCUUAACAUAGGUAAAUCCACGGGACCCGACGAACUGCAUCCCAGGUUACUAAAGAAAUCAACUUACUUCGUUGCGAAACCUUUGAGUACAUGCUUUAAUCUAUCCGUAACGCAGGGUCGUUUACCAAAAGACUGGAAGAACACCAUAGUAAGUCCUGUCUUCGAAACAGUUAUGAAACAUAAACCUGAGAAUUACCAACCCGUUGGCCUAAUUUGUGUUGUUGUAAGAUUUUAGAAAAGAUUAUUCGAAAGGAGCUGUUUAAGUAAUUCGAUGCAAACCGGAUCCUUUCGGAAAAGCAGCAUGGUUUUAUUAUAGGUUAUUCCUGCCUCACUAAAUUAUUAGUGGCUCGUGAAAACUGGUGAGCUCUUAAAGACCAAAAGUUACAUAAAAACGUAGCCUACACUGACUUCAGCAAAGCUUUUGACCAAGUUCCGCACAACCGGCUGCUAUAUAAGUUAAGAAAUGUCGGGGUUCGAGGGAAUCUAUUGUUGUGGGCAAAAGACUUUCUAGUUGGGCCAAAACUUAAGGACUACUGCACACUGUCGUGCAAUAGCCACCAAAGGUUUUAGAACUUUAUGGUCAAUAUGUAGGGCUUUUAGUCAUGUCGACGCUAAAACGCUUUUGACUCAGUAUACAAAGUUCGUGCGUACUAAACUCGAGCACUGCAUAGAAUUGAUUAGACCCUGCUUAAAAAGACAGUGACCUUCUAGAAAAGGUCCAGAGAUUCAGAUUUGUGUAGUAAGGACAGAACGCUUACGGCCUAUGUUAUUCCUUUUCUAGUAUGCUUCUGUGAGUGUCCAGUCUUCUCUUGAAUGAGUCGAUUGGAGAUGCGGACACCACUACUUCGGGUAACAGGUUCCAAGAAUUGAUGACUCGAUGUGAAAACCUGUGUACCAAGGGUAUUUUCUUCGCCCUUGGCUUUUCUACUCGCCUGCUAUUCCCCUGAGAUAUCCCAAUAUAGUGGGAAGAAAAAGAGAGGAUAUAUUAGUCCCAAAAUCAUUACUUAAUAUUAUAUGCAUCAAAAUCAGAUCACCUCUUAAUCUGAGAUAGGACAGAGUAAAGAGGUCUAGCUUUUCAAGCCGAUCUUUGUAUGGUAGCUAGCCCCAUAUGAUGCUCGACUGGCUAGGCUAAACCUAUUCCCGUUGUUAUAUUGAAGGACCAGAGGCUAAUACAUUAGUUUUUUGAACUACUUAGUAAUAAAUUUCCAUCUGAUAUGCCUUUACUUCCCUUGACUUCAAAAACAGAGAAUUUACGAGGACACUCCAAAAACUUCACAAGUUCAGAACAAAUUACUUAUCAGCUGAACAUCGACUUCCCAUCGAAUCAUCAGCGAGUGGAAUUCAUUACCACAGUAAGUGGUUGAGGCUCCAUCUGUCAACACUUUCAAAAGUUGGAUCAACUGAGAAACAACCAUUGCCAGGACUAACACAGGCCGUCAAGCCUCCAGUCCUUUCCAAACUGAAACUGAAAACUGUCAAUCUAAGAUUUCAGAAAUCCAAAUCUUAUAACCAAACAUCUAGAUCUCUCCACUAUUACCUCAUACGGAAAAGUUUACACAAACAGUGGCCAGGAUGAUACCAGUUUGUUGACCCGAGUUUGUGAGCCAAUGAAAAGUGAAGGAACAGUCUAGAAUAUUCUACGCAAAUCUACUCUGUUCCUAUUGGUCCAUUUGUUUCUAUUUUUAGAAACCAAACAAUAAAUUCUAGAACAUUCUAAACAGUAUUUAUAAAGGCACGCUCAGCGCGCGUUCGUUACUUGAUUUUGUGUUAGACGCUGUACAAUGCCCGAAUCAAUGGUUACCGAGCAACAACCUGAGGAGUUCGCGUUUCAGGCUGAGAUCGCCCAGCUUAUGAGCCUGAUUAUCAACACUUUCUACUCCAACAAAGAGAUAUUUCUUCGUGAGCUUAUAUCUAAUGCUAGUGACGCUCUGGACAAGUUGAGGUAUAAGAGUUUGACUGAUCCAUCAGUUCUUGAUUCCGGAGAAGAUAUGUAUGUCAAGUUGAUACCCAACAAGGAGGCUGGAACUUUGACUGUCCUGGAUACUGGUAUUGGUAUGACGAAAGCAGAUUUGAUUAAGAAUUUGGGUACGAUCGCUUCCUCUGGCACGAAGGCGUUUAUGGAGGCUCUGGCUGAUGGUGCAGAUAUAUCGAUGAUUGGUCAAUUUGGUGUAGGUUUCUAUUCUGCCUACCUUAUAGCCGACCGGGUUCAAGUAGUGACGAAAAAUAAUGAUGAUGACCAGUACAUUUGGGAGUCGUCCGCUGGUGGAACUUUCACAAUUGCACCAGAUGACAGUGAGUUGCCAAAACGAGGCACUAAGGUGAUAUUGCAUCUCAAAGAAGAUCAACUAGAUUUUCUUGAAGAGAGAAAAAUUCGAGAUAUAGUGAAGAAACAUUCUAAUUUUAUUAACUAUCCCAUCAAGCUGGUUGUUAAUAAAGAGCGGACCAAGGAAGUGUCUGAUGAUGAGGCUGAAAAGUCCGAGUCGAAAGAAACUGACGAGGCUGACGACAAACCGAAAGUCGAAGACCUAGAUGAAGACGAGGAGGAGGAGAAUAAGGAAAAGAAAAAUAAAAAGAAGGUUGUGGAGAAGUAUACUGAAGAAGAGCAACUGAACAAGCUUAAACCGCUCUGGACGCGUAAUCCCGAAGAUAUAAAUACAGAAGAGUAUGCCGAGUUUUACAAGUCGCUUACUAAUGACUGGGAGGACCAUCUUGCCGUGAAGCACUUCUCUGUUGAAGGACAGUUAGAGUUCCGAGCGUUGCUGUUUGUGCCUAAACGUGCACCUAUAGACAUGUUCGAAGGAUCGCGUAAGAAGCGAAACAAUAUCAAAUUGUAUGUGCGAAGAGUGCUGAUCAUGGAUACGUGUGAUGAUAUGAUUCCUGAGUACUUGAAUUUCGUCCGAGGCGUUGUGGAUAGUGAAGACCUGCCCCUUAACAUCAGUCGUGAGGUGUUGCAGCAGAACAACGUAUUGAAGGUUAUUCGUAAGAGCUUGGUCAGGAAAUGUAUUGAGCUAUUUGAGGAGAUAGCGGAGGAUAAAGAUAACUACAAGAAGUUUUACGAGCAAUACUCGAAAAGUAUAAAACUGGGCAUCCAUGAAGAUAGUGUUAAUAGGGGGAAGCUAUCCGACUUACUGCGUUUCUAUUCCUCAGCUUCUGGUGAUGAAAUGAUCAGCAUGAAGGAUUAUGUAUCACGUAUGAAGCCUGAACAACAAGAUAUUUACUACAUAACAGGUGAGUCAAAGCAAGCUGUAAUGAAUUCACCAUUUACUGAGAAGCUUACUCAACGUGGAUUCGAAGUACUGUUCAUGGUUGACCCGAUUGACGAAUAUGCUGUUACCCAUAUACGGCAAUACGAAAACAAGAAGCUGGUUUGUGUUACGAAGGACGGUCUUCAAUUACCUGAGAGUGACGAGGACAAAAAGCAAUUCGAAGAGCUGAAGUCGUCGUUCGAAACGCUGUGCAAAGAGAUCCAGCAAAUCCUCGGCAAGAACGUUGAGAAAGUUAGUAUUUCGAAUCGACUUACCAAUUCCCCAUGUUGCGUUGUAACUUCAGAGUUUGGAUGGUCUGCUAACAUGGAGAGGAUCCACGGGACCCGACGAACUGCAUCCCAGUUUACUAAAGAAAUUAACUUACUUCGUUGCGAAACCUUUAAGUACAUGCUUUAAUUUAUCCGUAACGCAGGGUCGUUUACCAAAAGACUGGAAGAACACCAUACAAAGAGCGGCUUGAAAAACUAGACCUAUUUACUCUGUCCUAUGGCAGAUAAAGAGGAGAUCUAAUUUGAUAUACAGAAUACUGAGAAAUGAUGUUAGACCUAACUUAUUAUCUGUUUUUCUUCACAUUAGAUCGGGACAUCUCAGAGGACUUAACAGCGCAGUGGAAAAGCGAACGAACAAAAUAUCAUUGGUAUACAGGUUUUCACAACGAGUCAUCAAUUCUUGGAACCUGCCGCCCGAAGCAGUGGUGUCUGCACCUUCAAUUGACUCAUUCAAGAUAAGACUGGACACUCACAGAAGCAUACCAGAAAAGGAAUAACAUAGGCCGUAAGCGUUCUAUUCUUACUUCACAAAUCUGAAUUGAAAGUGCAGACACCACUGCUCCGGGCAGCAGGUUCCAAGUAUUGAUGACUCGUUGUGAAGACCUGUAUGCCAGUGGUAUUUUGUUCGUUCUUCGCUUUUCUACUCACCUUCUACGUCCUCUGAGAUGUCCCGAUCUAGUGGGAGGAAAAAGAGAUAAUAAGUUAGGUCCAACGUUUUUGGAACCUUAUGGUCAAUACGUAGGGCUUUUAGUCAUGUCGACGCUAAAACACUUUUGACUUUGUAUACAGUGUUCGUACGUCCUGAACUUGAGUACUGCAUACAAGCGGCUGGCCCCUGCUUAAAAAAGACUGUGAGCCUCUGGUAAAGGUUCAGAGAACAGCAACUAAGCUGAUUACCGGAAUAGCGAAGCUUCCGUAUGAUGCUCGACUGGCCAAACUACAACUUUUCCCGUUAUCAUAUCGUAGAACUAGAGGCGACUUGAUUACAGUUCUCAAAUUGCUUAGUGAUAAAUUUGCACCUGAUAUACCCUCGUUCUUCUUGCCUUCCGAAACAGAGAAUUUACGAGGACACUCCAAAAAAGUUCACAAGUCCAGAACAAAUUACUCGUCAGCUGACUAUCGACUUUCCCAUCGAAUCAUCAACGAGUGGAAUUCAUUACCUCAGCAAGUGGUUGAGGCUCCAUUUGUCGACUCUUUCAGAAGAAAGUUGGAUCAACUGGGAGACCACCAUUGCCAGGACUAACAAAGGCCUUCAAACCUCCUGCCCUUUCCAAACUGAAACGUGCUAAAUGUGUUUCAAGUUUGCGGAGGUUGCAUAUUGUUGUGUGAAUAAUCCUUGACCAACCACGGGGUUGUAGUGGAAAUUGUUGGAAAAUCUGUGGUUAGACUUCUAGAUAUCAAUGACUGAAGUGCAUGAAACCGACAUAGCGACCAAAUGUAUUCCCAGGGGUGAGACUAUAAUUUAUGGAUGACCUUUGGGCGACGUUCAAUUAACCUUGAAAAUGUUCACCUAAUAACUAGGACCAAAUGAGUGUUAUAAACCGGCGUGAAGAAUUAGAAUUAUGAUUUGCAAUUGAUGGUCAUGGUGAGAAUUAGAUUUAGAGUUUUUAUCACGAACUGACAUCAGCUAUGAUUCCAAAACUCUGUUAAGCCAAACGGAUGGGUUAACUUCGCGCCAAAAUUUGAGACCUGUUAUCUAGUACCUGGUUGGUUCGUCCAUAAAUUAUAAUCUCCCCAUUCCAGGAACAAGGUGAGUCUGAUUUUGGUUGUUAAUUCUAAUACUAAUGAGUAUAUUCAAGAUCAUACAGAGUCUGUAUUCAAUACACAGCCGAACAAACAUGAUGAACCAAAUGGUAAGACCCAUAGUUGAUUACAGAAAUUUGGAUUCCCAUUCUAGCUGUGGCGUUUGUGUUACUUGUAUCAACUGAUGAUACCUUUGUACAUUAUUGCGGGUUGAUAAUGAAUUCCAGAUAUAGGACGUUUAUUUGAGCUCAUCGAGUUUCGCCUUAAAUUGAACUAUUUUGAGAAUUACUAGUUAGCACAUUAAAUUGAAUACUCUUGAUCACUGUAAAAUCAUCUGCUGACUAGUCUCUUGAAUUAUUAUGGAUGGUCACAUUUUAUCCAGCACUUUGGUUGCUUUGAUACUAUAGCAUCCUUCAUCUAUUCUUACUUGAAUUAUUUUGGCAAAGCUUUUGGAUUUUCUUCAAAUAGACUUUGUCUAACUACUUUUUAGUUAAUAAACACACUAGUGACUACCUUGUGUGCUUUGUUGGUUUUUUCCCUUUUUAAAUCUUAUAAAAUUCUUUAAUUCUACUCAUUAAUAUGGACAUCCGUAUUAUUUCUUCUCUGUAAGUGGAGGAAUGCAGUGUGACAAUUACAGAAAGUAGUUCUGCAAGACGUGAACCCUUUUGAUUCCCAUCGCAUACAGAAGAUGCUGGAAGCCUAACUUCCAUUGGUGUUGUAUGUUUUUCUGUUUCAGUAUGACAUUACUUAUCCUAGAAGCUAUCAGCCUUCUAGCGCCGGCCGGCAGGAAAUAAGAUGAGGGCUGGACUGGCAAAAUGAACACUGACAGCGAAGAAUGUGUGAAUGGGGAUGUGUUGUCACGGGACGAGCCAACUACCCGACUGCAAACCAUGUAGAGGCGAAAUCUUUUCUGGCACAAAUAAAGAGUGAAAUAACACUGCCUUUUGAUGUUCACGAUCCCAAAGUAGUCCCUGAAGACCCAGAUAAACCUGAUACUGUUUUAAGUAGUCCUGACUGACGAGCAUUCGUUGACAGUGCGGAAACAUAAAAAAGAAAGAAAGAUAGCCACAAUCGGUGAUCGUUUGGUUGGUAAGUCUUUGAUAGACUCAUAUUCCGGGUCACUUAUCCAAAGUCUAGGAAUAGACUUAACAUUGGAGAAGUUGGAAAACUUUUGAUCCCAUGCAGUUUUAUCGUGAGUUGCUCAGAUCAAUGGACUUGAAUUCAUAGAAUGAAAAAACCGGGAAAUGACAGCACGAUCCGAAGCCGUGAACACGACUCUCAAAGAAGUAAACUCUGUUCCUAAUUUAGAGCAUAAAUGAGCCAAAAUUAAAUGACCCCGUCAGAUGACAAACACAUGAUCUGAAGAGGAUGAGGUUGGACCCAAUUAAGGGGGAUCUUGAAGUUGGCCCUCAUAAGUUACAAGGGAGGGGAGAUUAUAUUAAAUAACACAUACAAAACUGGCAAGCUGAAUAUUCGUGUCCAACCUGAUUUAUCACUUGAUGAAGAAAUCAAGUAGAAGAACGACCUUAAUGAGUUAAAAACUGGAAGCAAAGUGGCGGACCACACCUUUCGGGUCUAACUCGAGAAGGCCCAAAAUCAUUCGACAUGAUGUACGAUGGUUGGUGAAUAUCAGAGUCGUUAUCUACCUCUUCUUAGCAUCUUUGUUUUAAGUCAUAUCUGUUAUAGGAGUAAAGCUUGUUGUUUAUGCAGGUUUUGACACACCGUAUAUCAACUAGAUAGACGUCACAAUUUUGGGGAAAUGUUUUGACAGCAGCUUGUUGUCAGCCAUUAUUCGGUGCACACUUGUACAACGUAUCGGAAAACCGACAUAUAUUGACUUGGAACUUGAGGCACCAUUUCUGAAUAUUAUCUGUG